AUGGACCUUUUUAUAAUCGCCACAGACCAAAUGUCGUUUGCCAUGGAGACUACCGCCAUCAAUCUGGCGCCUUGCCAGCAGCAGGCAAUUGAAAGCGUCCGCGUGGAGGCUGUUGAUCUAAAGCCAGAAUCACAGUCUACAUUAUCCCAUAUCUUCCGCAUGUCCAAUCUCUCCGAACUUGAUAUUAGCGAGACCAGGGAAGCCAUCAAACAUCACGCCCGAGUUGUUCUGCAUUUUCAUCCCGACCGGCCGGCAGGCGGCCGGCUUGUCGCGCAGGCUCUUCUGGAAGACGGCAUCUAUAAGACCCAGUUUGAGACGGGAAUCUCCAACGGUCUUGUCGCCGCGCAACCGGGCAGUCUGCGCGAUGAGUGGGAGCGCCAUCUCUUUCAGGGAGCAUACCAGAUGGACGGCGUGACGGCGUCGCAGCGGCCGAGAUACGGGGCUCUGGACCUCGUGCGAAACGCAGAAGGCCCGGCCCCGCGAUUUGGGUCGUGCUUCUUCGUUUUGAAGCCACAUGUGACGAUGCGAUCCACAUUUACGUUUGGCGGAUCUCAGGAGAAGCCCAAGUACCAAGGAACGGCAGAUGAGCUGGACGCCAUCCUUGCGGCGCUCAUGGAAGAGAGCUUCACGCGGGACUUUGCGCUGGGGGUAGAAAAGAUGCGUCCGCGCCAACUCUUCGAGAGAUUGGGCGAUUUGAAGAAAGAUUUCCAUGAUUUGUAUGAUAGUAGAGUGGCGGCCCAUAAUCUGGACCACAUGAUAGAGGCGCAGAUUCAUGGUGAGGUUUUACUUGGCCGUGAUGUCGAUGCCCUGGUGGUGGAUCCCGCGUUCCGUGACACAACCGUCGGACAGCAUCUGUGUGAUAUGGCAUCCGUCUAUGGAUUUUCUAUCCGGUAUCACGGUGGAUUUGCACUCCGCACGGAAGAGGUACCGCCCGAUUUCCGGGGACCGACGAUGCCCUCGCUAGCAAAGCGAAUCGCGGGGCCGAAUGGCCUGGUGGACGCAGCUUGUCUGGGAAUAGCCGUUCAGUCCCUCACGGAGAAUCCAAAGCUUUGGGAAGAUCGUGGCAAAUUUGCAAAUGUUCUGCAGGAACUUAAACUAAUGUGGCAUGUACUCGUCAAAUAUGGUCGGCCACUGGUAGAGGUUAUCGACAGCUAG